AUGACCAUGUUUUGCAAGCUCUACAAUACCCCUGGCAGCUGUCCCAACGGGGAUUUGUGCAGACAUCUGCAUCGUCCCGUGUGUACUCGCUUCAUCCUUCCCGGCGGCUGCCCCAACAGGUCUGCAUGUGAAUACCAACACGUGCAGGAAUGUAGAUACUUCAACACGCCCAACGGAUGCCGAAACGGUCUGUCAUGCCGUUUUCCGCAUCGUGCGGCCCCGACCUUUCACCAGAGUCACUACAAACGCGCGUAUGACGCCAUGGGGCCCAAGCCACAGCAACGUCGGGGUGCAAGCCUGCAGGUGGAGCAGGCUUUGCGCGACAACCUGGGCGACGAGGUGGGUGACAGGUUCUUCAGCCUUCACUACGAGGAGGGAUUGACUACAGCACAGAGCGUCAUUGCUCUUUGGUGCGAGGAUGUUGGGGUGUUCCGCACUUUGAAUGACAUCAUCAUCGCUGACGAUGCCAGGCAGUUCCAGCUGGGGUGGAUGACGUUUAUUCGCAUUCUGACUGCCUUUCUAACGCGGCAAGAUCAUUGCAUGGAUCGAGAUCGCGUUGUUUGGCGGGCAUCUUCCAUGACACGAUUGCAGGCUGACAGAUUAUUUCCAGAUAUGGUCAUUCGGCCUCCCAUGUUUGUCUCUACCUCAGCGCUGAAGUCGGGGGCUCUCAAACUGAUGCGACGCAACAAGCGCUUCUUGCUCAGGAUUCAUGUGCCGGCGGGGUGCCGAAAUGCCGCCUAUGUUGAUCAUCUGUCCCAAUACCAGCAGGAACAUGAGAUCUUGAUCCCGCCCUAUAGCCCCUUCGAAGUCAUUUCAGUUGAUUUCUCAAGGUGCUUGAUCAAUUUGCGUCUGCUUGACGGCAUGCAAUAUGAAAGUGUGGAAAGACGCUCGGGCAUCAGCGCACCGGCCUUUCCACUCUGA